AUGGGAACGUGCUGGUUCGCAGUGUGGGUGCUCUUCGUAUGUUUCAUCGGCGAUGCGCGACCGCAAUACAGAGAUAAAAAUAUAAGCACGGCGGAGACAGACGCGGUACAAGCGCUCUUGGCCCGUUACCUUCAGCGUCGCCUUCAAGGCUCUCAGCUGUCGACGCCGCCGCCGCCGUCGGUCCUCUUCAGUAAUGAUCAUCGAGCCCGCGUCCGACAGGCCACUCAGAGAGGUUCACCCAGCAACAGUCUUGUCUCGAGAAAUGUCAGCGACAGUGAUGGAGACCACCGUCCCGUCCCUGAGGAUUACGACGAUUACGAGGACGACCUCGAGGGCUACGAGGACAGCGAGAGGAGCAGAACCAGAUUCGAUCUCUUGGCGGACGACUGUCCAAACUGCGUGGACGAACACAGCAGCAGCUUGGCGGCUUCAAGAUGGACGAUGCCUUUACUGAAGCUGGGCGAGAAGAGAUACUACCUGGGGAUCUUCUUCAAGGCAAACUGGUACAGAGCCUCGCAAUACUGUCGUUAUCACGGGAUGCAUCUGGCGAGUAUAGCCUCGCAAGAGGAGAAUGAUAGACUUGAGAAGCAUAUCAAGGACUUCGGUCUCGGCCACGAGCAUUUUUGGACCUCUGGCACCGACCAGGCCGAGGAGGGAACUUUUUUCUGGAUGGCUAACGGUAGGCCGAUCACGUUCGAGAACUGGAACGUCGGCGAACCAAAUAAUUUCCGAUACGAAAAUGGCGAGGAGGAGCAUUGCCUGGAGCUCUGGAACAGGGACGGCAAAGGGCUCAAAUGGAAUGACAGUCCCUGUAGCUUCGAGACUUUCUUCGUCUGUGAGGUGCAGUGAUCAAUUUGCGAAAAAGGCCGGAGGGAGGGACUAAACGCCCGGGGAAUAUUUGUGCGCAAAUCACCGGUUUGUGGCGUGUCCUCAAGGUGAUCCUCGAGGAAACUGCGUGUGACGUUCUCAUCGGCCGUCCGUUCGUUUCAGUGAACUUAGUUAGCAAGGUAGAGAGACUUGACGUGACAUGUGCGCUCGGACUGAAAACGAUGCGUGAUUAGCCGGUCGCUACCGUUGUCACGUUUUGCACGUCCUGAAUUCACGAGUGUGUGCGCAAAACGACAACCGAUUCAGUCAGUUCUUUUCGUAAAAGAAUCACCAGGUGACAAACCGAGCGUUGGAUAAAUUCGCAGUGUCGGAAGAUAAAAACGAUUCGUUCUCUCUCUCGUUCUUUGUGCAGAGGCAGCUCCAAGCAGAAUGCUUGACAUUAGAUUAUGCAAUUAUGUAUUUAAAUCCUGAUAUAUUUAAAAAGUCUUGCUUUAAAUUUAAAGGUUAUUAGGUAGUUAACAUUUCUACAUUUCUACAAAACAUUUUGAAAAGAGAA